UCGGCGUCCGCGCGGUUACGGGAUGAGCGUUCUCCGCGCCAGUCGAGGACUAACCGCCGCGAGAUACAGACGAACGAUCCUGAACAGCAACCAUGGUUUACGAAAGUGACUUCUACACGACCCGCCGGCCUUACCGGUCGAAUUACAGCGUGACGCCGCUGACGUCGGCGUACUACCUAUCUUCUCUUCUUCCGGCUUACAAUAUACCUUACGUCACAUAUAUACCAAAGCUGUCUCAGGCAGAGCUAAUUUACCGACCAACAUCUCGCACCGUCACUCGGCUCGCCACGUACCCUGAAGCGCCUCACCAUAUUGUGCGCGUCCGGGUUCGUCCUUCUGUAAUUCUUCGCGAGCUCGACCGAAUUGCUUACCGCCGACGCCCCGCACUUGCUGUGUCUGCAGUUGACGACUUCUAUCGGUCAGAAUCUACUAAGGCAUUUGAAGACGAGACUCGUCGGAUUAGAGCAGAUACAGCUUCCCUUUUACAUAGGGCACGUUCUGUUGUGCCUAGGGCUAAAGCUAUCGCUCCUUUGGACACUAUCUACUCGUACUCUUACGGCGAACCGGUGCCAUACAGAUUCAGCAAUGACGCAUAUGUCGCCAAAUUGCUUUUACCACUUAGGAACGUCUCUGACAACAUACACAACAUCUCUUUCUACAACGAGCCUGCAAAGAAGUUCACAGGACGCGGCAACCUCGCGUGCGUGCACUACUCCGGCAAUAAGGCCUUCUCCAACCGCAGACCUCUCUACAAGGAACUGAGCAUCAGGGAUGAUGUGAACCUUCUAUCUUUUUAUGCGAAGAACAGACUCGCGGCUGCCGGUUUGGCCGUCGAGAAUGCCACAGUUAAACUCCUUCCGUGGAGGCCGAGCCGCAAGUUCCAGGCGCCACAAGUUAUGGAAGACCCGGCGCUUGAGCUGAAAGCUGCUAAAGCUGAACGUGCUGAAAGAUUCCGUGCCACUACAGCGGAGCCGGUUCUAGCGCCUGCGGUGGACCUAGCUGAGAUUAAAAGGAAGCGACAGGAAGAGGCUCGUGCCGCUGAAGAAAAGGCUCUUAAGGAAGAAGCUAAGCGCGAGGCUGAAAGAAAAGCUCAGCAGGCAGAACGUGAGGCUGCUGAAAAAAAGAAAGCAGAAGAAGAAGCACGUAAAGUUGAAGAGGCCAAGCGUAAGGCAGAAGAAGAGGCGAGAGAAGCUGAAGAGGCAUUAAGGAAAGCAGAAGAGGUAAAGAAAGCUGAUGAAGCUCGUGUAGCUGAAGAGGCGCGUAAAGCCGAGGAGGCUCGUUUAGCCGAAGAAGCCAGACUGGCUGAAGAAGUACGCAAAGCAGAAGAAGCCAGGUUGGCUGAAGAAGCAAGAUUAGCAGAGGAGGCAAGGUUAGCCGAAGAAGCAAGAUUAGCAGAGGAGGCAAGGUUAGCCGAAGAAGCAAGAUUAGCAGAGGAGGCAAGGUUAGCUGAAGAAGCGAGAUUAGCAGAAGAAGCGAGAUUAGCAGAAGAGGCCAAAUUAGCAGAAGAGGCGAGACUAGCCGAAGAAGAGAAACAAGCUGAACAAAGAAGGCAGGAAGAGCUUACUAGACUGACCGAACUCGAGCGACAGGCCGAAGAAGAGAAAGAGGCUGAACUUGCGCGUCAGGCGGCUGAGUUAGCUGAAAUCGCAAGACAAGAAUCUGAAUUAGCAGCGGCACGGAUAGAAGAAUUAUCACGAAGUGGCUCCGCGGCUGAUAUUAUAGAAGAAUCAAGUGACAUCCCAGCAGAACAGAGUCAACCCAUUGUUGAAGAACCAUUAAGUCCUGAAAUAUCACCAGAAGAUCUAGUAGCUGAAGACACAGAGGUCGCUGAAGUGAGUGAAGAUGAAAAAGCUGAACCAGAUGUGACAGACGAAGAAUAGAUUUAUAUAUAUUAACUAGUGAUUGUUGUGCAUUUUCUUCUUAUUGACAUUAAGUUUCUACUAUGUAUUAUUUACACAUGAAUGAUAUAUUAGUGACGUAGUGGUAUUGUUCUUUAUUCUAUCACUUUCAUAUGCAUAAUACAAUUAUGCAGUUAAUUGAGAGUUGUUUGGUACCACUGCAAGGGUUUGUUAACAAAAAUAUUUUGUAAGAAUAUAUGUAUUUUGUUAAUGUUAACAAUAAAAGACAUAUUAAUAAAAA